AGUGGACCCGCGGAGCGGCGCGCGAACGGAGCUCGCGCCGGCGCGACCGAUUCGCGCGCGAGAGCUAAACGUCGGAACGAGAGGACGUCGGGCCGUGGCGCGAGUGGAGGUUGAGUCGUAACGUGAAGGGACAGUGUGAGGGGAGGACUGAGGUUUGGAGUGAGUCUGGUCUGGACGGUGUCAACCCCGCGAGUGUUGUGAUUUGGACAGCGUGAAAGUGUCAGUGUUACUGUCAGCGAAGUGGGAAAAGGAACGAUGUUUGGACGUUUCUAAUGGUGCAGACAGUGUGAUUUUCUGAAGAAAAAUCGAACAGUCGUCGAGGCGGCGGUGCUCGAUUUCGGAGACAUUCAGCGAACACUUUCAAUGUCGCCAGUGUCGUUAGCCGCUGUGACCUUUCUCACGCCGCACUAGUGAACAUUGUAUUCCCACCAUUUAGUGAACUCAAUACUUCUGCGAACCAGUGAGUCAUUCAAACCGAACUGGGUCGCAGGCAUCUCUGAAGCAGCCGAGGCGCAGGCGACGUGGUCUCUUCUAUCCACAGAACUGCGAUUUAUCUCGCCCUGUUGAUGUGAAACAGAUCUGGGAGUGCCGCGAAAACGGACGUGUCGAUUCGGGUGACCGUUUCGCUCCGGCGGUGAACCGGAAAUGUUAGCAACGAACCGCAACUGCAGAGAGCGAGUUAUCUGUCAACUGAGCCGGGUGACCUUUGCCCUUUGUCCUUCAUUUUCAUCCGAGGUUACCUGGCCUUUCUGAAGAAACUGGACCGUAACGAAUUCUGCCGUUGAACCUGUUGAAGAAGUUGUAGAAAUCACACCAUGGACGGCGUGGCAAGAACACGUCGCUCUAUGCCGCGCAUUCCCUGGGUUGCUCGCGAUGUUCGCGACACUUGCGAGGGUCGAGACGCACUGCAGGCGAUUCCGCUUCCCUGCACGGCAGGAGUGCCGCUGAGUCGUCCCUCUGAUGGCCCCGUGGUUUGUCGAGCUCGACCCAUGGAGGCGAACGCCCUCGCGCAUCGCUCCCGGUUCUCAGAUGUGCGUCUGAGUCUGCGGGUGCGUCUCCCGGAAACGCACUCAUCACGACUCAUCUCCAGGCUUGCUGAGCCGUUCAAGAUACGUCUUCGUCGGCAGAGAAGCCCUGCCUCGAGGCUGACCCGUACUCAGAGCGUAACCUUGACCCCUGCUGCUGGGGUACAGCGACGCAGCAGCUUCCAGGAGAGGCUGCGGAAGCUUGAAAGGCCGUUCGUGCGGCGAAGAGUCCCACAGCCCGUGUGUGAAGAAUCGGACGAUGAUCUUGCGGAUGUUGCUGAUGUUCUUCGCGAGAAUCGUCAGGGUCGCGAGUCUAGCGUCAAGCGCGAUGCCAAGCCCAUUCGUGAAGCGAGGAUGACAUUUGAAGCCUACGACACGCAGAGUGAGAAACUGAACAUGUGUAGUUUUGUCACGGACACCCAGGCCUCCGCCAGUAGUCCUGCCAGUCCCGAAGCUGGCGAAACCCGUGCUAGGCGUCGCCAACGUGUCUCCUACGCCGCCUUCACAUCUGUUGCCCGAGCUUCUCGCGCUUCGCGACUCUUCUCAGCAGACGGCGCCGAUUCAGCCGGCGCGAGCGAGGCGGGAAGCGACUCUGGAGCGUCCAGCUACGAUUCAGAUCGCUCCUCAGACCGACCAAAGACCAUCACGGAUCUCUCGCAGCUCUAUGCGGAUGUGACGCCAUCGCGGACUGGUCGUCGUCGCUCCGGAAGUUCGGAUACCCUGCGCGACGCCGCGACGGAAGUCGCCGGACGGAAACGAUGGCGCCAGGGCAGCAUGGAGGUUCUUGUGGACGGGCUAAACAUGACGAAGGCGGAGAGGAAGAGGCUGGAAAAGCUCAGCAAGAUCAACAUCCACCUCCAUGCUCUGUACGCUGCUGUCGAACACGGUCAACUGGAGAAGGCUAGAGCCAUUCUGAAGACAACUGAUGUGGACGUCAACAGGUAUGUUCAGUGUUCACGAGGAUGGGGUCAAAUAAGG